UAGUUUAUGAGUAGUUUUUUAUUAUAAUUCAAAACUGGUCACACCUGCGCUCAACUUCCGCUGUCAUUUUGGCUUAAAAGUCUCGCCACCAUGCCAUAAAAUCCAAAAAAAAAAGCUGUCACUGCUGUCAAUGUCACUGUCACACAAUGUUGGGCGAAGAUCAUGAUUAUGACGCCAAGUUAAUUUUUCAUUUUGUUGUAUAAUUUAGCGUUCCCUUGCUGUUUUAUAAUCAUUUACACGACUGCAACGAUCUUAUGAUUUAAUAAUAUAGCUCUGAUCAGUCGGAUAUGCGUAAAAUCUGUAACAUACAUGUAUCUGAGUCGUUAGUUCACUUAACAAUGCUACCGAAAUAAAUGUGUUCCUGGCCUAUUUAGUGUAAAAUAUUACAAGGUAUUAGCACAAUAAAGUCGGCUAGAUAGAUAUUAUUUAAGAAAUAUGAGUGAAAUCGUAGAAAUUUACGUAAAAGAGCAGCGCCAAGUCGAAGACAGUUUACAAGAUGUGAACGACACAGAAGCUAGUAAUACUGGUAGAUAUGAAGAUGCGGAAAAAGAAGAGAUCAUAGUGGAGCCUGAAGUCUCGGGGUUGCUGGCAGUCACACAUGAGGAAGACGAUCCUAUCUGGGAGGAAAGAAGCUCACAAUACGCUUGGGACGCAAGAAACACCACAUAUGUCCAGCGAGACAGUGGAACGCAGCCUGAACUGUCACCGACAUUUUUCAGUCCAGAGCAGAUGGAAGCAGCCGCGGCUAUUGCAAGCAGUAUACUAAAACAAACUCAAGGAGAACUAGAACCUUUUCUGCGCGAGAAUUUGACUUUCUUGAAACGCGUUCCCGAUAACGUAUCUGAGGUGAUUUACUUUCGGAUCGUCCGCGCCUACGUGCACGAUGACUGCUUCCAGCGUGAGAAUGAGAACUACUCUGUGAACGUCUCACAGGCCUAUAGCGAUCGCAUGGAGACCUGCUACGCGAAUACCGACAAGACGGCGACGUCCUACUAUGUUGCACACUUCGCGACCGGUAACGUGAUCGAACACGCGAGUAAUCACGACGGUAACGCGAUCUAG